CGUGUUGUUCUAGUCGUCUGAUUGGUCUGCCGUGUGUGUCACUCAGGGCAAGAACGUGACGAUUGGUCAGAUGGGUUGGUUCCCCUGCAGUAAGGUCCAGCCCUUCAUCUCUAGACCAACUCCCGACCUAUCCGACUUCCUAUGGUUUGCGGGGAACAUGGACCGGUCAGCGGCGAAGAACCUCCUGAUUUCACGGUCGGACGGAACGUUUCUGGUCCGCCAGAAAGACGGAGGAGAGUUCGCAAUCAGCCUCAAGUUUAACAUGGACAUCAGACACAUCAAGAUCACGUCAACAGAAGGCCUCUACCGCAUCAACGAGAAGAAAGCAUUCAAAGGGUUAAUCGAGAUGGUUCAGUUCUACCAGCAACAUUCAUUGAAGGAGUAUUUUAAGGAUGUGGACACCACCCUCCAGACCCCCUUCAACCAGCCUGAACAGAGUGGUACACCCUUCAACACACCCUCCCCAGGUGGCAGUAUGCGUUCGUUCGGCACAGCGAGGGCCAGGUAUGACUUCUCAGCCAGAGACCGUACAGAGUUGUCUCUGAGAGAAGGAGACACAGUCAAGGUCCUGUCUAAGAAAGCUCACAAUGGAUGGUGGAAAGGAGAGGUCUAUGGACGGGUCGGUCUGUUCCCAGCUAACUACGUAGAAGAGGAUUACUCUGAAUACUGCUGAUGUCGCCUCACACCUUCACCUGUGUGACUACUGCUGAUGUCUCCUCACUGUCACACCUGUGUGUGAAAGAGACAGUGUGUCCCAAUUCAAUCCCUACCCCUUCCAAUGCCCCUAACCGGUGCAGUCAAAAAUGUGAUUUUACUGUUUAGUUAAAAAAAUAUAUAUCUCCACACUAUGAGGUUUAAGUAACACUCUGAAAUUGUAUUUUUUUUAUUUUGAAAUCAAUGCUUGGAAUUUCAGCCUGUUCAGGUGGGAUGGAGUUUUUGACCCACAGCAUGACAUCACAAUCUGAUCAGAUUUUUCUGACCAAUGACCAGUCAUCUUUUAUUUGCAUAUGUCUCCACCUACUUUGAAGGGGUAAGCAGGGUAGGCUCUAGUGCAGAGAUGGGCAACUCCAGUCCCACUGUUUCCCUAGCAAACACAGCUGAUUAGACUGGCUGUGUUCUGAACUGAAGAACGUGAUCAUUGCAUUACUGGAGUCAGGUGUCUUAGCUGGGGCUGAAGUGUGACACCAAUCAGGCCCCCGAGGACUGGAGUUGCCCAUCCCUGCUCUAGAGUCUAGACAAUCCUAUCCGCCAAUCAGAGCUGUGCAUGUAAAUAUAUUUACAUUUUUAUCAACACACCGACAGAGCAUUCCGAUGGCUGAAGGAGGCUCAGGGAAAUAAAUUAUAAAACAUUUAUUUGAAGUUAUUUUCAUGAAGUAAACACAGUGAUUUAUUAGACAUCCAGUGAUGAUUUAAAAAAAUAAAAAAUAAAAGACUGCG